AUGCCCGUGUUGCUACCCCGGGUUGAGCACAGCAAGGACAUGCGCGUCGGGGCUGCAGCAUGGCACGAGGCGGCCCGGGCCAAGAUGCAGGCGGCGCGCCAGCUGACUAAGCGCUGCGGACAGGAGGCAGUGGCCAUGUGGCAACCCAAAGACAGGGUGCUGGAUCCGCACGUGGCGCACCACCUCCACCGGGCCGCCUAUAUCCAGCCCUGGCGCUUCCACGUGAAGAUGCUCAACGGCGGGGGCACCUUGGAGAAGCCGCCGCCGGGCGAGGGCGUCACUCUGUGGAGGAGCAAGAUGAAGCCGCCGGUCUGGCACGCACGCCUGCCGCUGCCCCUGAACCGCGACGCGCUCGCCCUGCAGACAGCCGAGUUGGUGCACGCACACGCGCGUGGGGCGCGCCUCACCGCCGCCCGCCUGGCCCACGCGCAGCAGCAGGUCAAUGGGCAGGUGCGGCUGAUGCAGCGCCAGCGAGAGGCUACGGAUUACAGGCUCAGCGAGGUGCGAAAGGGCCUACUGAUCAACCAGCAGAGCGUCAAGCUUCGGGGCUACAGGCCCAAAUCUGAGAAGGUCCCUGACAAAGCUGACAGUAUGCUUACCUGGGAGAAAGAGGAGUUAAAGAACAUGAAGAGGAAGAUGGAGACAGACAUGGAAAAGUCAGAGGCCAUGCUCAAGACCCUGGCCUCUUGCAGGGACACGCUGGCCUUCUGCUGCAAAGAGAGGCUCCAAGCUGUGGAUUUAAUGAACCAGCCACUGGCCAAGGUUCUGGGGCAGGCCGGCCGCCGCUCCUGGGUGAACCUCUCCAGGGUCUCCACCCCGCAAAUUCAGGGCCAGAAAACGCCGCCUCCAGACCCUGUGGGCACAUACACUCCAGAGUGCGUCACUGCGCUGUAUGGAGCCAAGCGACUGUUGAUGGAGUCCAAGGACACCUUGCAAGAAAUGGCAAAGAACGUGCAGGACAUCCGAGAGCGACAGCAGCAGACAAGCGAUCGCGUGUGCGCCUCGCUGGCCCAAAAGAUGCGCGAGACCUCGCAGCUGAAGGAAAGAAUGAACAUGGCCUUAGGACUAAUGAGAGGAACUAUCCACCGGUGCGCGAAAUUCAACCAAGAGAUGUACAUCACUCGCGACCUCAUCAAGGGUCCCCUGUCAAAAAAUCACCUGGAGACUCGAGAGAAGCUGGACAGACCCCUGGUUCGCGUGUACCAGAGACACGUGGGCACCCAACUCCCCGAGGCCCAGCGCCUAGCCCAGAGCACAGACAAGACGCAGCGCCGCAUCUCGCUCCUGGAAAAGAACCUGGAAAGUCUGCUCGCCACGCGCAAGAACCUCACCUACAGCCUCAACUGCAAGAAGAUCGGGCAUGACGUGAACUACGACGCGGUGCGCCUGCGCCUCCGCCAGCGGCACCCGCGCGUGUGCUACCAGCAGGCACAGGGCCUGGUCAACGACUUGGACCCGAGCACGCCCGCGCGCGUCGAGUCCAGAGCCACCCCUGAGUGACAGGCGUACCCCCUGCUCCAGCCGGCUGGUCCUGCACGCACGGGCUGGCCCUCGGAGCGGAGACUCACAGCCUGGUGGCCCUCCCUCUCCCCUGACCCACCCUCCCUCCGAGCGCCCUCUAGCAGAUCUAUAAUUUAAAAAUAACAAAAAUGACAUUUAUUAGGCAUCUAUUAUAUGUCAGUC